CUGCAGCUAGACCUUACUCCAUAAAAGGGAAGCAUUGUGUUUGCAAAGUUGCUAGCGUCAGUGAAAGCCCGUUGAAACUAGAAGCUCUGUAUCUAUCGUUUAUUCCGUACCUUUGAAUCUGGGACUCCGCUUGGGAUAUUUGGACCGACCGCUGCGUGAAACGACACUCUGCUAACAGGGGGCGUUCCUGUUUACAAACAAAAUUGCCCCUUUUAGCCGUUUCCCGAAUAGUUGGGAACGGAAGAUAACUUCAGCCUCGUGGACAAGAGGAAGGAACUGAAAAAGAAGAACCGUUAGCAACGUUAGUUUAUUGUUGUUUAGCCUUGUGAGGUGAAUAUUAAACAUGUAUUCAGGAGAGUCUCUGAUGGAGUUUGUCACCAAGCAAGUAGCUAUUGCUAGAGAAAAAAUCAGGAAGGUUGAAGAAGCCAUGGCCCAGUUCGAGGAAGGGCUUGGUGGCCAGCGCAGACUGUCGGAUAUGAGCUGGAAACCACAGAGCAGCUCGCACAGAGCAGAUCUUCCACAGCGUCAUGUCUGGGAAAAGGAGAAGGAUUUGACUGCCCAGCAGCUCUUUAACCAGGAGUCGAUGUCCUGUUCAGACCAGGACAAACCAGAACAGCUAAAACUUUGCCAACAUGAAGGACAGCCCUUCCUGAACCAGGAAAAUCUUACCUUCACGGAUACUCGUCUGUCUGAAGAAACAGACUGUCAUGAACCAGAACCAAACAGGAACCAGCCAUUGUGUCAGAGUUCUACAGAACCUGAGAACCAAGAUCAGGGUGGAUGCAGGAAAGAAAACUCAGAAUCAAACGGCAAUGAAGAACUGAAACUGAAUAAAAGGCGUCAGCGAAGCAAAGAUCACAGAGACAGUGUAGGUGGUGAAAGACACAAAAAGCACAAAUGGGCUCACAGUGGUGAGAGAUCACUUUAUUGUAAGCUAUGUGGAAAAUCUAUCAGUCACAAAUCUUAUUUAAAUAUUCACAUGAGAGCUCACACAGGUGAGAAGCCAUAUUCUUGUAAAACUUGUGGUAAAUGUUUUACUAUCAGUGGUAACUUGACUACACACAUGAGAACUCACACAGGUGAGAAGCCAUAUCCAUGUAAAACUUGUGGUAAAUGUUUUACUAAAAGUGGUCACUUGACUAGACACAUGAGAACUCACACAGGUGAGAAGCCAUAUCCAUGUACAACUUGUGGUAAAUGUUUUGGAACCAUUGGUGAAUUAACUACACACAUGAGAACUCACACAGGUGAGAAGCCAUAUCCAUGUAAAACUUGUGGUAAAUGUUUUGGAACCAGUGGUCACUUAACUAAACACAUGAGAACUCACACAGGUGAGAAGCCAUAUCCAUGUAAAACUUGUGGUAAAUGUUUUAGAGACAGUGGUAACUUGACUAAACACAUGAGAACUCACACAGGUGAGAAGCCAUAUCUAUGUAAAACUUGUGGUAAAUGUUUUGGAGACAGUUGUCACUUGACUAAAUGCAUGAGAACUCACACAGGUGAGAAGCCAUAUUCAUGUAAAACUUGUGGUAAAUGUUUUACUAAAAGUGGUCACUUGACUACACACAUGAGAACUCACACAGGUGAGAAGCCAUAUCCAUGUACAACUUGUGGUAAAUGUUUUGGAACCAUUGGUGAAUUAACUACACACAUGAGAACUCACACAGGUGAGAAGCCAUAUCCAUGUAAAACUUGUGGUAAAUGUUUUGGAACCAGUGGUCACUUAACUAAACACAUGAGAACUCACACAGGUGAGAAGCCAUAUCCAUGUAAAACUUGUGGUAAAUGUUUUAGAGACAGUGGUAACUUGACUAAACACAUGAGAACUCACACAGGUGAGAAGCCAUAUCUAUGUAAAACUUGUGGUAAAUGUUUUGGAGACAGUUGUCACUUGACUACACACAUGAGAAGUCACACAGGUGAGAAGCCAUAUUCAUGUAAAACUUGUGGUAAAUGUUUUAUAGACAGUGGUAACUUGACUAGACACAUGAGAAUUCACACAGGUGAGAAGUGA